GCGCUGUCGAUGAAUAAAGUGACGCAAUCCUGAACAUUAAGCCUUAAUGUGGAGUAUUUAUAUUACUUAGCUUUUUGAAUAGUUGUCUAUAAUUAUAUGUGAGUGGUAAAAAUUGAAUAAUUAACCAACUAAGAUGUCUUGCUGCGCUUGUCAGGCUAAAUUUUCAUUGUUUACACGUGAACAUGGAUGUCCUAGCUGUGGAUUUUCUUAUUGCACUAAAUGCCUCAAGUACAAAUAUAAACUGCCUGAUGACAAAAUAAAAAGUGUCUGCGGUCCUUGCUACCACCGAUUAGUUGUCACAGCUAAAAAUUACUACACCAGCAAUGAAUCUGAUGUUCCAUCAGUUAAUUCCAACAAUUCUUUGCUACCUGUGGAUAUUGAACAAAAAUUAAAUUUACUGGACAAUCCUGAGAAACCACCAAUAGUGAUGUAUAAACAAGGCCGCUGGGAUCAGUUCAAAGCUGGUCUAGAUCCAGAAGACCAAGUUCUAGUUGACAGACUGUCCAAGUUAAAGGGUCUGGAUAAACAGCAGUCAGCUCCGACCACCGAAGAGAUCCAGAGACGUCUUGCUAUCUUAAAAGACCAAAAUCCAGGCUAUAAACCACCGAUUAAUAUUUAUCAAAUGGAUACUCGGACAAACGACCAGAAAACUGAUGAUUUGAUUCAGCAGUACUUUGCAGAGCUGAAUUUAUCAAAAAGUACUUCGACAAAGGACACUGAGGAGAGACUGAAUAAAUUAAAAGACAUUGACCCGUCGUUGCCUUCAGCUUCUUCGUCGUACGCCAACGCUCCUGAUCCAGACGAGUCGCAAAUAGUCAAGAAUAUGAUCAGCAGAGCUAUUGCUGAAGCCGCUUUGGAGAAAAAAUAUGGAGAAACAAGUGAAGAGCAAAUGGAUUUAGAGAUUAAUGAUAGUUCUGAAGAAUUCUCGGAUCCUGAAGUAUCCUGUGCUAUGUGCAACAAAACGAGUGAACUUAUAAGAUGUCGAGGUUGUCAUGGGGAUUUGUACUGCAUGCCAUGCUUCAAUGAUAACCACGAUGAAUUUGAAUUAAAGGAGCACAAAAUAAUUAAGACAAACUUUUAAUACGUACCUCCCAACAAACGGAAGUUUAUUAUUUCUAUAUCUCUGUACUCUUACUGAUUAUGAUCGAUGCUUUACACUUAUGUAAUUAAAAUAAUCUAAAAUCAUGUGCUUCAAUUCUUCUAUUAUUUAUUUUUUUUCUCACGCUCAAUUUUUAAUUGUAUUUACCAAUAAACUCACUGGUAAUGAGGGAUUGUAUUUAUAUAAUGAAUAAAUUAAUUUGUUUUUUAAAAUAA